ACAGCAUAGUUCCUGUUUGCGCAGGCUCUGCUUGGGUAGGAGAAGUCAUAGUGUUUCUUUAGCAUUCCUUCUCCUCUGCUGAUCUAAACAUGGGGCUAUUUUCCUCCUGAGCGUGAGGACUCACCAGUUUCCUCUGCCUUUUGGCCUCUGUGUAUGCCUUUUAAUACUUCCCCUGGCUGCAAGCCACGGGCUGGGCACCACUGCCCUCCAGUCUCUCUGAUGGCAAGUUUAGGUCAGGUGUUGACAAGCAGAAUAUCAGACAGGUUUUUACUUGUGUUGUGCAGCAGGAGAGCACUUCUGGGAGCAGGAGUGCAGUUGGGCUCUUCUGCAGUCAUCACAACUGUCCUAGUCCUCCUGUGUGAAGCAGCAGCCAUCCUGCUGCUGCUGACUCUCUGGAGAAGUAGAUGUGGUUCCCUUUCUAUAGAGCUGGUGUGGUAUCUUCUAUCUUGCUGUGUCUCUGCUGUGUUGAGAGCUCUGGUAGAGACAUUGUGCUGCAGUGGUUUGGCUAUGUGCUGCCUGAGGUGCUCUGAGCAGUACAGAGCAUCAGGAGAAACUGAGCACUCCUGCCUGGCCUGCACCGGUACAAGCAAGCAGCAGAGGGGCUGGCUGAGAGCUCUGCUGCAGCCAGGCUGUGCUGCUGUGUUCCUGUGCCAUUAAAUAAUUUCCUUGAGUUUGGACCCUUGGGAUCCCUGGCUGUGUUUUGUUCCUGUUGUGGUGUUUUUUUUGUUUUUUAAGCUAGUGAGACCUCUACUUCCUUUUGUUAGCCCUCCCAGAUGUGUGCUACAGAAACAGGCUUUGUGGGGAGCGUGCUCUGGAAGCCAGUCUUGAACAUGUGAUUUGGGGAGGAAUGUUCUUCAGCAACUGCCAGAGAGCAGCUGGGAGUUCCCGGUGGUGUGUAUGGCUGGAGUGCAGCUGAUGGUUCUUUUCUUCUUUUUGUCCGUAGGUUGUGCUAGCAGGCAGUCCUUGCAGAGCUGACACCCAGGGGCUCUUGGACACCACUGGGUGCUUUGGAGUCUCAUGCCAGCUUGAUGUGUGAGGGACACAGGUGGACCUGGACAAGGCUGGAGAUGGGGUGUUUGUAAGCACAUUGGCACUUGUCAUGCACCCAACAGGGUCAGUGGACAGUAGCUUCUCCCGUUCUGCUGUGCAGACCCUCUCCCGGAGCCACUGCCGCAACAUCAAACAGAAGAUCUCCCAGUGGGAGGGGAGGACACAAGGGUGCUCCAACAAGGAGAAACAGCAGCUGAAGGAUUUCGGAGUAAGGUAUGAUCCCAGCUGUGAUGCCCUACCCAAAGUGAAGCCAGAACAUACAGAGAAGGGCAGAAAGACUAAGUCCAAAGAUCCAAAGAGCCUGGGUUUGGACUUCAGGGAAGAUGCACGGAGUUGCUUGCAGACUGAUGACUGUGGUGACCUCAAGCCCUGUGCAUGCAGCCUAGCUUCCCAAGCCAAGGAGAAAGGAGAGUGGCAAGCAGGCUUCCUGGACCCAGGGGCGACACUGCCCCCAGGGAACUUCUAUACCUCACAAGCUCUGUGGAGGCGAGUAGAUCCCCUUCUGCCUGGCAAAGCCCCACCAGUUCCAUUGGACCUUCAGAGGGAGAAAGGGAGCUGUGGCUCCACAGAAAAAGAACUUAAAAUCAAAGGAGCAGACUCUCUCUGCAGGGCAGAGAGGAGGUUGAAAAACAUUUACUCUGAGGCUGAGGGGCAAGAGGAGGUGCCAGCUGCUGUCCCACCACCCAAGCCCCGUAGGACUUUCCGCUAUCUUGCAGAAAAGGGUGCUAGUAGCUGUAGCGAUGCCAGUGCUACCAGGGAAGCUCCCCUGCAAAAGCAGCAUGGAGGAGACUUGGUGUCAUCCUCCAACAAUCCUGAGAAGAGAAUAGCCUGCAGGAGGAUCAGAGGGAGAACCCAGAGGAAAUCUUUUGAGUUUGAGGACAUCCAGGGCUUCCGCAACCGGAUGGCAACCACCAACUCCCACAGACUUCAAGAGACAAAUGGCACUAGAGGAUCCAGGCUUGUCUACACACAGUCAGAAGACAACAUCUACGAGGACAUUAUCUGUCCUGCAAAAGAGGACCCCUAUGAAGAUAUUGGAGCGCUGCCCUUACCCCUGUGGAAGGUCCCAUCUGUCUGGAAGCUACCACCCCCCCGGAGCACCAGUAGGGCUCCCAAGCCUCCCCCAAAACCUCCCUUCCUCAGUCGCAAGACUCUUGAGCUAAAGCCCUCCCAGACAAGUUUCCAAGGGAAAAUGGUGAAGGACACAACCCUGCCUGUCACACUGACCGAGUGGAAGCUGUUCCGAGCAGUAGAGGCUGCUAGCAGAAGAAAGAACUUGCCCUGGCUGGUACUAAAAAUACAGGAGAUCUUUGAUUCUAAGCGUGGAAAGAAGAGGGUGAAGUUGCUCGGUCCUGCUGGGAGAGAAGCGCUUCCAAUGAAAGGUGAAACCAGUGGGAAUGAAAGUGAUACGGAAAAUCAGCCAAAAAGUCGACACAGGUGCCUGCUGCAGGUGCAGUCAGCCUCCAAGAGGAACCCGCACUACCAGACUUUGGAGAGGGAUUUGAUAGAGCUUCAGGAGCAGCAGCUAUUUGAGCUGUUUGUGGUGGUGUCACUGCACAAGAAGGCAUCUGAGAUGACGUACACACCACAGAUCAUACAGCAGUUUCCCAGCAAGCCUGAACAUCCCUUCAGACAGUCAAAGGAUACAGAAGAGAGGCUAAAGGUCAUUCCCAAAUUCUGCUUUCCAGAUCCCAAAGACUGGUUUCCUGCAUCAGACCUUAAAAGUGAAACAUUUUCUUUUGUGUUGACGGGUGAGGAUGGCAGACGCUGGUUUGGGUACUGCAAGAAGCUCCUGCCAGAAGGGAAAGGGAAGCGCCUUCCUGAGGUAUACUGCAUCGUUAGCCGCCUGGGCUGCUUCAACCUCUUCUCCAAGAUUUUAGAUGAAGUGGAGAAGAGGCGAGAGAUGUCCCCAGCCCUAGUACACCCAUUUAUGCGUAGUGUAAUGGAGGCGCCUUUCCCUGCUCCUGGACGCACGAUUACUGUGAGGAGUUUCCUGCCGGGAGGAGGAAAUGAGGUGAUGGAACUCUGCCGUCCAUUGGAUUCUCGACUCGAACACGUUGACUUCGAAUGCCUGUUUAAGUGUCUAAGUGUCUCUCACACAAUUCGGGUCUUUGCCUCUCUCCUGCUGGAAAGGAGGGUGAUCUUUGUUGCUGACAACCUAAGCACUCUGUCUAAAUGUGGCCAUGCCGCAGUUGCAACGCUUUAUCCCUUCACUUGGCAACACACCUACAUACCAGUCCUACCAACGUCUAUGAUUGAUAUUGCGUGCUCUCCGACCCCAUUCUUAAUUGGCAUUCUCUCCUGCUCGUUACCACAGCUCCAGGACCUGCCCAUAGAAGAGGUUCUGAUUGUUGAUCUUUGUGCUGACAAGUUCUUGCAAGAGGUAUCAGAUGAAGAUGAGAUCCUGCCUCAUAAACUCCAGGCUGCGCUUGUACAAAUCUUGGAAGAACGAAGUGAAAUCUUGUCACAUGAGCAGAGUGACACACAAGGUGACAUGCCUCUUAACUCCCUGGUCUCUGAAGCUUUUGUGCAGUUCUUUGUGGAGAUCGUUGGACACUACUCCCUGCACAUGAAUGUCACAGAAAAAGGGGAGCGGGUGUUUCAGCGGGAACUGUUCCGUAAAUCUCAUGUGUCACGCAAUGUGCGUCAUUUCUUGCACUUCUUCAUGGAAACGCAGAUGUUUGCGGGUUUCAUACAGGAUCGAGAGCUAAGUAAGAACGUGGUCAAAGGCCUUUUUGAGGUCCGUGCCUUGGAGUAUUUGGAGAGUAUUCCAGAGACGGAACCAACUGGAAUGAACAAAAUCCUUCGCAGUCUUGGAAGUAAAAUGAAAUUUCUUCAGAAGAAAUGAACGUGCACUGCAGCGGGCCAGCGAAGCAGCGGCAGGCCGGGGAGUGCCG